CCCAGCACCAUGCAGGAGAUAUUGUCUCUUGUCGGGGAGGUGACGAGUGCUGUUGAGAGUGGUGAUUCCUCCAGCAACGCGAGUUGCGUUGAGUAUAUCGAGGAGGUCAUUGAAGAGGGUACUGUUCCUUCUUUCACCACGCCAACCGUCUAUCAAAGCCCCACGGUAACCGCUGAGGUGUGGUUCAGCCCUUACACUUGCACGUAUAUGAACAUGUCUGCUGAACUCGCCUCAGUCUUUUCCAGUUCUGUCGCCCCGUGGCCAUUGAGUAGCACUUCUGUGCCGGAGGUAACGUCACGCAAGCGCAGACGCAGUCAGAAAAUUAAUGAAGAGAAGACAAAGAGGAGAAGGACUGGGGACAAGUGGGGUGUGCCUCAGUAAAACGGAAUCUCCCUUCGGAGAAGGGACAAGAGAGAAAUAUGGAUUUGUGAUUAGGAAUAGACAUUACAAAGUAGAGAUUACUCUAAUAACAUCCUUAAAAUCGAUUAUACCCAUGAAUCAUGGGUGGCAAUUGGUAUAACAUAUGCACGUGAUUUUACUGCCAAUCACGACUUUUAACCCCCCCCCCCCCACCUCUCCUCCACCCCAAAAUACUUGCAUUUACUAGACGUUUAAGUUACUUAAAGGCGUUGAUCGGCGUUGGUACACUUUAUAUUGAUCUAAGUGAUUGGUAAUCACCGGGACGUACAUAUGUUGGGCAUUAGCCGUGUCACGCAACGUACUGUAACUGUCACGUCAGUGAAAAUAUCUGGAAUUAGUAACCAUGUGUCAAUAUGUGUAGUGUAAAUAUUGUUUGUAUCUCUAUAACAAGUGUAGUAAAUGUGUGGCUGAUGUCCAAA